AAUUAAAUGUUUGAAACUUGAAAGUAUUAACUAUAAAAGAGGUUUUCAUCUUUUGUAGUAUAUUUUGUAAUAUAUUAAUGAAAAUAAAUGUUUUUAAAUAUAUUUACUCCAGUAAAGUUCUGGCUAUUUACAAAUCGUGUAAUCAGUAAUCGUCUUAAUCUUUUUUGUUAAUAUAAAGUGUUCAAGUUAUGGAAGUUGAUGGUGAUAAUUGGAACACGAAUCCUUCGGAUGGGACUAAAUUUGCACAUUUAAAGGCUUUUGUGAAUGCGACAAGAGAAUUCGAAGCUACUCAUAGUGAAACUGCCAUAAACUCAUUAACUAGAUACUUAGGCCUCAUAGCAUCAUCUUGUGACCUAUCUAUAUUCUCACCUGGUAGAUCAGAGGUGUGUGCCUUCUUCAAUUCACUAUGGAGAGCGAUGUCAGAUGCUAGAGGUCCACAUUGGGCUGGUAUUGCAGUUCUGGCAAGAGCAUGUAUGGAACCCAGUGCAAGAUAUGCGCUCACCCAUACAUACAAAUUUAUGCCUAUCCUUGCAAGACUUCUCUCUGACACAGUAUCAAAUGACAAGAAAAUAAAAUUACUAUCUGUAAUGCAGGACAUUUCAUAUGGAAUAAAAAUUAGUUGGCAAGAGUCAUAUUUAGCUGAAUUAAUGAAGACAUUAACAAGUUGGAUAGUGCAACCGAUGCUUGAGUCCCCGCAUAGAACAAUUGGUCAUAAAUCUCUUACUGUGCUAAUAAAUCUGUGCUAUGGAAAUUUACCUGCAAUAUAUGCUUUAAUGAGGACUGUGGAUACAAAGGAGUUUGUUGUUCACUUAAUAAGCUUAAAGGAUGGUGGUUAUGGUGGCGUAGAAGUAUGUAGACUAUUACUUUGCUUGUCAAGUGCCACUCGUAGUGCAUCUACCACACGCCAAGCAGAUGUGCAUAGUUACUUGUGUUGUACUAUGAAGACAUUUAAUAAGGCUAUUGUGGACAAAGACGAAACUCAACUAUUGCACGCGUAUACGUUUAUCAACGAUUUAUCUUCGGAUGACAAUCUACGUAACUACGUACUCACGUACCCACAUUUUAAUAAUUCACUCAAGGACGCAUUGAAGGAUGCGGACAGUCUCUGCAAAGUGAAUCAAGGGGACACAAUGGAGCCCGAAAUUACCACAGGCUGUUUACAAAAUGUUCUCAAAUUUCUUACCGUUCUUGUCAGUUUGGAUCUAUAUUCCCUGCGAAAUCAUCACAUUGAUGUAGUAUGUCUGUGUAUGAAAGCGAGCCGUGUGUGUUUGGCUGAAUCCUUGGAGUUGUUCGCUGCCAUCAUCACACAGUAUCGAGAGGAAGGCCGACUGCCAAAGGAACUAAUAUCGGUGCUAACUGAUGGGUUGCCGGCCUUAUUGGUGCCACCAUCUAUGGAACCGGGCAAAGCUGGCUUACAAUGGUUACAAGUAGUGGGUGCGCUGUGCGAGUCAAGUGAAACUCAAGAAAGGGUCAUACAAGAAGUCACACCCGAUUCCUUCGAAGACACAUUGUAUGGAGUAUUGCAAUAUACGUCACAGAAUGGUGCUGUGGGGAGUGAAGUGUCCCAACAAGCGGUGAUAGUGUCGUGUCGUACUGGGUUGAGUUUGGCACCUUUGGAUCGAAAUUGGGAGGCUGCACUCAAUAGAAUGCUGGCCCAUCACCAGGUUCGAAAAUUGUUGUGUUCCGGUCUAUCUGGGAAUAACGCGUCUCGCAGGAGACAGAUCUUGCAGUUGAUCAAACAUCACUACUUCCCCUCAGAUCAAAUGAAUCAGGUAUUUGGCGAAAACGUGAAUAGUGUAUCGGACUUAAGCGUGGAGAGUUUAUCUCCGCGAAUGGACAUGGAAAGUGAGAUGGUAACUUUUGGUCCUUCGCAACAGACUGCUGUCGAUGAUCUCGUCAGUAGGCUUAAUAAAGAAUUGGAUUCGGGAAAAAUUACUGAUAUUGCUACGUCGAGUGUAAUGGAGUUGUAUGGGUACAAAAUCACGUGCUUGGAGCAGAGACUGCAUUCGCAUUCCGUCGCUUUACAGGGUGCCACAGACCACAUGGCGUCGUUACAGCACGCCCUGGCUUUACUUCAAGCAACAAAUAGCACGCAACAAGACGUUCUUUAUACUACACAGAUGCAGACUGAGAGGCAUAAAAAGACAAUAGAGGAAUUACAUAAACAAUUAGAGGAUGCGGAAACGACGCUGCGUGGAUUCCGGGCGAAGUUGGCCGCGGAACGACUCGAUAAGGACAAACAGAGGGAGAACUUGCAAAAGGAAUUCAGACAACAAUUAACUAAUAUCGAAAACGAAAUGAAAGCCCGUGAUCGCGAGGCCGAGGAGAGGUUUAAGCAAGCGGAGACGGAGUAUAAAGCACUGCAAAAGAAACUUGAGCAACAGACGAGCAAAAACAGCGAAUUAGCUGGUGUACUCAUAAAGUUUGAAGAGCGAGUGAAGCAGCGGGACAAGAAACUCGAAGAGGCGGCUAACGGAGAGAACUCUUUGAAGAGAGAGAUCGAACUAAGGGACAAUAUGAUAAAGCAACUAGAGAAGACAGUGGUUGAAAGAGAGAACAGACUGUACCAAGUGACCAAUCAGUUGGAAGAGAUGAAGCGAGUGCAAGAGAUGGUCGCCAAGCUCAUGACCAAGAGUUCUUCUAAUGUUUCCACGUAAAUAUUAAAAAGGCGAAAGAUGUCCUCACAUAGAUUAUUUUUAUACGAGUACAACU